AUGGACACCAUAUUAGAAGAAGACUUCCAACGCGUCGAGCUAACACUGAAUGCGCUUAUCGACUCAAUAACAUCAUACAAUCCCUCUCCUUCUGCAGCCUUCGAUCUCCUCUCCGCCGAUGAUGAACUCAGUAAAGAUCUCGAAACAUUAUCCACCCAUCAAGCAAACCACGCGCGCAUUCUCUCCCUCCGCAAUACUUCCGCAGCUCUCGAUACGCUGAUCAAAAACAGUCUGAUGCUGCUCGCAGACACGAGGAAAGAGCUACUCAGUACCCCCGCAACAAAAGCCACGCCUUUGUCGCGCGACGUUUCUUAUGCCGAGCUGCUGGCCUACGCCAAACGCAUCAGUAAAUUCACCGUUCCGCCUACAGGCUGGCUGGGCUUUGGAGGCGCGCCUCUAGGACAGCCAACUGAGGUAGCAAACCCAGAGGAUCAGAAACAAGUAGAUGCUACGGAAGCGAAUGCCCCAGCGUUAGCAAACGGAAUUGCUGCUCCGGCAGCUGGAACACCUGCCGCAGCGAACCAGCCCUCUGGAGAGGAAGGGCAAGCCAAAGCGCAGAAUCUUGGAAUUGGCGUUUCGUCCCUUGAGAAGAGCGAAACGCAAUGGCUGAAUCCGUCAGCCCAAGUACCAUUUGCCCCAUGGCCAGGUGAAGAGGUCAUUCGCCGCGGCGCAUUGGCACAAAUUCAAGUCAUGCUUGAACAAGGCAACGACCCUGCCUCGGUUGCUGACCCUGCAACGGAGGCGCGGAUCAAGGAAGAAGAGGAAUCGAAGCGGGAAAAGGAGAAGAAAGACCAGGAAGAAAAGGAGGAUCGCAGGCGGAAAGAAUUGCAGGCCGCUCAAGAGGCAGCGCGGAGAGAAAGUUAUACGGGCGCCGCGGCGGAGGCGGCCAUGGCCAAAAAGCCGCAGCAGCCUACCGUGUUUGGUGGCUUGGAUCUGUACGACCCAGAUGCUGAGUAA